AUGGUUCUUGCCCAACCAGAAAACAAACACGUUCUCAAAGCCUUUGACCUAACGGGCAAAGUCGCUGCCAUUACUGGAGGUGCCCGUGGAAUCGGUCUUGAAGUGUCAAAUGGUCUGGCCGAAGCAGGAGCAAAUGUCGCUCUAAUCUACAACUCCUCCAGCAACGCAUCCUCGAUAGCCAACGACAUCGCAGUUAAGAACAACAUCCGAGCAGCUGCAUACCAAGCCGACGUCGGAAGCCAACCGGACAUCGAGCGUGUCAUCCAACAAAUUACCUCCGACUUCGGAAAACUGGACAUCAUCGUCGUCAACUCCGGUAUUGCAUCCAGCGUGCCAGCAGAGGAGUACACAGUCGAACAGUGGCAUAAUGUUAUGAAGGUAAAUCUCGACGGGGCUUUCUAUAGUGCACAGGCAGCCGCUCGGAUCUUCAAGGCUCAGGGACACGGCAAUGUGAUUUUCACAGCGUCGGUUAGUGCUACGUUGGUCAAUGUGCCGCAGAAACAGGCUGCUUAUAAUGCAUCCAAAGCUGGUGUCGUUCGACUGGCCAAGUGUCUCUCCGUUGAAUGGGUGGAUUUCUGCCGAGUCAACUGCAUUUCGCCGGGUUAUAUCGCAACAGAGAUACUAGAUGAAUUCCCACAGGAGUGGAAAGAUAAGUGGUAUGACUUGAUUCCUGCAAAGCGGAUGGCGGCCGCGUAUGAGUUGAAAGGGGCAUAUGUAUUCUGUGCCUCGGACGCAUCGAGUUAUAUGACUGGGGCGGAUAUUAUAAUUGAUGGAGGAUAUACACUUCCUUGA